CAUAACCGAGGUGCUGGUGUUUAUUUGUCAUAGUUAUGGGGGGGUUGGGGUGGUGGGGGGGUCUGCAGCACUUAAACCUCGACGAGACUGUAUCCAUGUCAGUGGAACAAGCCAUGCUGAUGUCAGAGAUUUUUCCUCUGCCCUCCACGGUGGGAGGAUCUCUGUGCGUUGAGUCACGCAGCUGUCAAAGAUAGCUGUCACCCAGUUUCAGGAUCAAACACACAGUCAAUGAGAAAAGGGCUUUGAGCCGAAGAGACGCAGAGAUCUCAGGUAACCCCCCUCAAGUCUGCAAAACAAGGACGACCCGAGAGAGGAAAAACAACUGAGAAGAGGAGAAAGCGAGGUUUUGUUUUGUUUUUUUUUCUUUUUUUUUUGAUGAAUAAGGAUUUUCGACUAUUCGGAUACACGCUGUGGAUAUCUGGAGAAAAGAGGAAAAACACUGCACUACAACACAACACGGUUUGAGCCGACCCCUGACGAGGAAAAGUGGGCAUUAUUGCGCGGAUAUGAAGACGAAAAAAGGCCUGAUGAUGUUGUCGGGGAGUGAGACGGACGACGAGGACAGUGUGGAUACCCCUCUGGAUCUGUCGUCCAGCACAGGGAGCAACGGGAAGAGAAAGCGCAGGGGGAAUCUGCCUAAAGAGUCCGUUCAGAUCCUCAGGGACUGGCUGUACGAGCACCGCUACAAUGCAUACCCCUCUGAGCAGGAGAAAGCCCUCCUCUCCAAGCAGACUCAGCUGUCCACACUGCAGGUGUGCAACUGGUUCAUUAACGCACGACGGCGACUCCUUCCGGAGAUGUUGAGGAAAGAUGGCAAAGACCCCAACCAGUUCACCAUAUCCCGGAAAGGAAGCAAAGCAGGGGACGGGUUUUCUGACAGUUCCCAGUCCCCAAAACACAGCAGUCCUGCAGCCGGUACAGAUGAGAGCUACGACAAACGCGUUCUCCACCCCUCCAGCUUCGAACCUGCCGUGCCCAGUGUCCUGAGGAAGGCCGUGUCCCCUUCCACACCCUCUCCGACCUCCACGUCCCCCUCUCCGGUGCUCCUGCCCACCCGCCCGUCUGUCAUCUGUCACACCACUGUCUCCACAGCGAUGCAGGCCAGCCCGACAGCCUCCAGCCCCUCUGUGCCUGGCGUGAACUCUGACAGGGCGGCCGAGCUGCUGCAGACGGUGCAGGCUCAGGCGCUGCUCCGGUGCCGGGAUGAAGGGCCGCUCCCCGCCAACACCGCCACCAUCCUCAGCAGCACCGGCAUGGAGGGCAACCUGAGCCCCCGCAGCGGGCUCUUCAACACCCCUCCCCCCACCCCUCCAGACCUCACACAAGACUUCAGUGGCUUUCAGCUCCUGGUGGACGUGGCUCUCAAACGGGCCGCGGAGAUGGAGCUGCAAGCCAAACAGCUGGUCUCUUAAAGGAGAGAUAGACAGAAGACGAGGAGGGAAUAGAGACUGACUUUGUGUCUCGACUAUGGAACUCCUCUGAGUUCAGUGACAUUUCUGCACGCAACAGAACAAAUCCACAUGAAAGCCUGAUCAUUUCUAUUUUUGGUAUACCAAUCAAAUUGAUGAGGAUGUUUUUUAUUGAAAAAAAAAAACUGUAUCGAGGUGCCUUGGCUGUAAGUUGUUUAUUCAUUUCAUAUACAUGCGUAUGUAUCUACAUGUGUAUCUUAUUUGCACAGGGACCAAAAAUGUUAUCAGAGAAAUGCUGCCUGUCUUAUGUCUUUCCAUUAUACUGUAUAUCAUUUUACAGAGCAAAGCAAGAACUAGAAUCGGCCGCUUUCACAAUGAGACCAAUAAAUGGGAUUGGUCUAACUCACACACAUAUAUAUUUACCGUUCUACAUUUCAGAGAUCAGUUCAUGAUUGGUCUGCCUCAUCUGUUUGCACACUAAGGCAGAGGAAGGUCAUCUCAGUGUCUUAAACAUACUUUGCUCUUGGCAUCUAUGACAAACUUAUUCACUACUGUAGAAAAUGUAAUGUGUUUCAUGAGUAUAGUUUUGAUUUUGUAAUUUACUUUUAGCUGUUUUAAAAGAUAAAAACCUCUAUACGUUUUUUUACUUUUACUUUUUUUUCUACCCACCAAGGGAUAUUUCAGAUGACCAAUGUAGCAGGUUCGUAGUCUGAGCCUUCAUCCCAUCACUCAGCGGAAAAAAAAAACAAUGGCCAGUGGACUGGAAAACUAAACACUACAGAUGUCUUUUCUGCAUUUGCUGUUUUUUUACAACCCGACAAAGACAGCAAUUUGAAAUCACCAAAAAGCAUUUUCAUGUAUAAUAGGACCAUGUGUAUAGUUAAUGUGACAUGAUGCCCAAUGAUGUGAUUUCGUUUCAUACUGUGCAAUGUUUGUGGCAAAUAGGGGUCACAUGGGAUUCAAAUAAAGUUUUGUUUUUCUACA